AUGGAUGAGACGUUUGAACUGAAAUCGAUUGACACAGAUCUCCCCUCCGACCGCACCAUGUCGCAAGGAUAUGUGAAUGGCAAAAAUAAAUCUGGUGGUCACAUCACCUACAGCAACGUUAUGGAAAAAGUAGACGCGGCGAGAGCCGGCACCUCAUACGCGGGCAAUGGGGAUGAAAGGAUUCAAAUGCUCAAUCCGCCACGCAAUAAUUUACCUCCAGAAAGUCCCACAAUCAUCGUAAGUCCGCCAGAAGAGGAGAUGGAAAAUGGAAAACUACCAAUCUAUGAUCCACAUUUAAACCCACAACUCGAGGGCAACCACCCAGCCGUACACUAUCGAAAGCAGAAAUCGCUUUGUCGUUGCAUUCUGUGCAUCCUUGGCCUCGGUGCCACAUUUUUCGUAAUUGUUGUAUUCAUUGCGCUUAUGGUCAAAUAUCUU